UAUCAUUUCAGUUCUGAAACUCCGAGUGCGGUAAGAUCGAUGUUUGAGAUAGAUGAAAAAACUGGUGGAAUAUUUCUCACCAGAAACUUUUCAUUCGGAGAACGAAAGACCUAUAAAUUAUUUAUUGAGGCAACAGAUCAAGGUAACCCGCCAAUGAGUUCUGAUGCACUCGUCUUGGUGAACAUAAUCAACCAACAUAACACAGCGCCAUCUUUAGACGUAAAAUUCGUUUCGGGUUCCAAGGAAAAUACGGCCGCCAUUUCGGAAGGAGUGAAAGUAGGCAGUUUUAUAGCCUACGUCAAAGUCCUUGACAACGAUGUUGGAAUGAACAGCGAGGUUAGCUGUGAACUCCACCAUGAUAAACUGCAAUUACUCAGUUUAGGAAGGAAGAAAUAUAAAGUUAUUGUGAAAAAUCGGAUCGAUCGAGAAACUGAGAGCUUCAUAGAUUUUACGAUCGUCUGCAAAGACGAAGGUUCGCCUCCACAGAGAACAGAGGGUAAGUUUUCGGUACAGGUACUGGAUGUUAAUGACAUACAGCCUCAGUUUACUAAAGAUACAUAUAAAUUUCUAACAUACGAAAAUGAAGAUCCGAAUUUCCCUAUAGGCUUCAUAAAUGCCACAGAUCUUGAUCUGGGAGACGGAGGUCAACUGAUUUAUUCGCUCUUGGCCGAAGAUUAUAGUUUCCUUCCAUUUGAGAUAUCCAAUUUUGGAUUUAUUUCUACAACCAAACCGCUAGACUUUGAACAGCAAGAUGUUUACAAAUUCAAGGUAUUUGUAAGAGACAAUGGAACGCCAUCGCUAAACAAUACAGCACAUGUAAUUGUUGAAGUAAUGGAUGAGAACGACAAUGCUCCAUAUUUUACGUUCCCCAGCGUGAAUCCAUUCAGUUUGGACGUCUACUAUAACCCACAAAGUGAAAAUGAUAUCACAGUUCUUAGGUCUUCGGACAGAGACAGUCAUGUCAAUGCUUUCCUCCGGUACGAGAUUCUAGGAGGCAACCAUAAGCAAUUAUUCACGGUGAAUCCUUAUACGGGAGUUCUAUCUUUCUCUCGAACCGUCUACCAGAACGAUGCAGGUUCGUACGAGUUAAGUUUUAUCGUCAAAGACAGCGGAAGUCCAAUUCUGUCUGCAACGACGACGCUUUCUUUAACACUGACUGUCAGUAACACAACCUCAAAGAUGUAUUCAGCAGAGGACACAGAAUCGGAUAACCGAAUUCAUAUUAAUUUAAUGAUAAUAAUCGUUAUGUCCACAGUAAUAGUGGCGGUAGCUGUUGUCGUCUCUAUCACCGUUUGUAUUGUGCGAAGGAACAAUCAACGGAACGAACAAUACAACGAUGGUAUAGAUUCAUCCAAUAGGUUUUUAGGCGAGAGCAAACAGGGGGAUUAUAUUUGUGAACAAAUGUCUCUUCAGUACGAGGCUUCUGUUACCAUGACGAGCGUCGAUGACAACAAAAGUUCUCAGGCCUCUCUGCCUAGACUAGAAACUCACUCUGGAUAUAAAACAAGACAGAACUGGAGAGAUUCUUCAGCCAAAGUCGAUUCAAGGGAUCUAACACAAGGGACGCGGCAGAACUACACUGGAAUCAAUUGUACAUGGAACUUUUCGCAAGACUUUCAUUUUAUUCGCUGCUAAACGAAGCGUGACCAUGAAAUAUCUGAAACAUAAAGCGAGAAAAACAAAACAAUAAUCAAAAU